GAGAUGCAAGUGAUUGACAUGCUGACGCUUCAGGAUGCUAGGCAGAGUGUAGUCGCGGUGGAGAAGGUGGCAGGGGCCCUGAACACGGUCAGCGACAUCUACAUCGUGUCCACCUUCCGCCUGCCUCCCAAGCUGGGGGGCGUGUUACUGGGGUUCUACGACAAGCACGACAACAAGAAGUACCUGGAGCUGGCCAUCAUGGGCAAGAUCAACAAAGCUUUGGUACGCUAUGUGCGGAGCGAUGGGAAGCUCCACACUGUCAGCCUACAGAAUGCCAACUUAGCCGAUGGGCAGGAGCAGUCACUCAUCCUCCGGGUGGGUGGGCUCCGCCGAGACAACCUCAACCUGGAGCUGUACAUCAACUGCCGAUUGGUUGACUCCAGCCAUGGCCUGCCCUCAUUGGUCCAACUCCCAUCAGACCCAGAGACCGUUGACAUCCGGAAUGGUUAUAAGGCAUAUGCCAGGCUACAGGGUUCGGUGGAGUCUCUGAAGAUGGCUCUGGGGGGCUCUGUGGCCAAAGUUGGUGUCCUGACUGACUGCCCCUUCCAGGGGGAUUCCUUGGAACACAACACAGUGAAUGGCAAUGUGAACUCCAUUCUAGGUGACCACACAAAGGCCCUAAUUGGUCAGCUGAUCAUCUUCAACCAGAUCCUGGGGGAGCUCAGACAGGACAUCAGAGAGCAGGUAAAGGAGAUGGCUCUGAUCAGGAACACUAUACUGGAGUGUCAAGUGUGUGGGUUCCACGAGCCUCGGUCACGCUGCAUCCCUAGCCCUUGCUACAAGGGGGUGCCCUGCAUGGAGACCUUCGACUACCCAGGGUACCGCUGCGGGCCCUGUCCUGAGGGCAUGACAGGAAACGGGACCCACUGCCAGGACAUUGAUGAGUGUGCCCUGGUCCAGCCAUGCUUCUCUGAAGCAGCGUGUGUGAACACAGCCAAGGGCUUCACCUGUGAGCCCUGCCCCCCUGGGCUCUCGGGGCCACCCCUCAGUGGAGUGGGGGUGGAGUUUGCCAAGAGCCGCAAGCAGGAGUGUACAGACAUAGAUGAGUGUGCUGAAGGCGGUGCAUGUGUGCCGAACUCUGUAUGCAUCAACACUGUGGGCUCCUAUAAGUGUGGUCAGUGUAAAGGGGGUUUCGUGGGUAACCAGACGGUUGGGUGCCUCCCACGGAGGUCCUGUGCCACACUAGGCUUUAACCCGUGUGACGUUAAUGCCCACUGCGUCAUCGAGCGGAGCGGGGAUGUCACCUGUGCGUGCAAUGUGGGCUGGGCGGGUAAUGGUAACACCUGUGGUCCAGAUACUGACAUUGAUGGGUACCCAGACCAUUCUCUCCCCUGCAUCGACAACGACAAGCACUGCAAACCGGACAACUGCAUUUUCACGCCCAACUCUGGGCAGGAGGAUGCAGAUAAUGACGGCAUUGGCGACCAGUGUGACGAGGACGCUGAUGGAGAUGGAAUCAAGAAUGUGGAGGAUAACUGCCGGCUGAUUCCCAACAAGGAUCAGCAGAACUCUGACACGGACUCCUUUGGAGACGCUUGUGACAACUGCCCCAACGUCCCCAACAUCGACCAGAAAGACACCGACAGCAACGGGGAGGGCGACGCCUGCGAUAACGACAUCGAUGGAGACGGGAUCCCCAAUGUGCUGGACAACUGUCCCAAAGUGCCCAACCCCAUGCAGACUGACCGGGAUGGGGACGGGGUGGGGGAUGCCUGCGACAGCUGUCCUGAGCUCAGCAACCCCACGCAGACAGACAUUGACAAUGAUCUGGUGGGUGACGUGUGUGACACCAAUUAUGAUAUGGAUGGGGAUGGUCACCAGGACUCUCGUGACAAUUGCCCAGAAGUCCCCAACAGCUCACAGCUGGACUCAGACAAUGACGGAAUUGGCGACGAAUGUGACGAUGACGAUGACAAUGAUGGGAUCCCAGAUUUUGUGGGCCCCGGCCCAGACAACUGCCGACUGAUUGUCAACCCCAACCAGAAAGACUCAGAUGGAAACGGCGUGGGCGAUGUGUGUGAGGAUGACUUCGACAAUGACACGGUGAUGGACCUGAUUGACGUGUGUCCAGAGAGCGCAGAGGUGACACUGACAGACUUCAGAGCCUAUCAGACCAUCAUCCUGGACCCUGAGGGUGACGCUCAGAUUGACCCCAACUGGGUGGUGCUCAAUCAGGGCAUGGAGAUAGUGCAGACGAUGAACAGUGACCCUGGUCUAGCUGUGGGCUACACAGCCUUCAAUGGGGUGGAGUUCGAGGGUACCUUCCACAUCAACACGGUGACGGACGACGACUAUGUGGGCUUCAUCUUCGGCUACCAGGACUCGUCCAGCUUCUACGUGGUGAUGUGGAAGCAGACAGAACAGGCCUACUGGCAAUCUGUGCCCUUCCGGGCCGUGGCGCAGCCAGGGCUGCAGCUGAAGGCAGUGAAGUCCCGGACGGGCCCUGGCGAGUUCCUGCGCAAUGCCCUGUGGAACACAGGUGACACACCAGGCGAGGUGAAGCUGCUGUGGAAGGACCCCCGCAACGUGGGCUGGAAGGACAAGACGUCAUACCGUUGGCACCUCAGCCACCGGCCCCAAGUGGGCUACAUCAGGGUGAAGUUGUAUGAAGGGCCAGGAUUGGUCGCUGACUCGGGCGUGGUGAUUGACACCACCAUGAGGGGUGGGCGACUGGGCGUCUUCUGCUUCUCUCAGGAGAACAUCAUCUGGUCCAACCUGCGCUAUCGUUGCAAUGAUACUGUGCCGGACGACUUUGAACCCUAUCGCAAGCAAGCCAUGAUACACCUAAAGGUGUGA